UUUGCAGCAAAGUUCUCCUUUACUCCACACACGCUUCUAAGCCUCGCUACUAACUACACUUUAUUCAUCCUCCGUGUCAGGAUAAACUCCACUCGUCUCAGUCAACUUUGGACAUUAUUAGGCCCGCAUAGCUUGCUACUUGUUUUAACGCGUUAGUUAGCUUAGCGUGCUAGUUAGCUUAGCGUGCUAGUUAGCUGCUAACAAAGAGACGCGGAUUUGAUCAACACAUCGCUUAGUUAAGAUCAAGUGUGAGUGUAAAGUGUUGUGAUUGUGUGAAAAUGUGUGAAAGAACGAUAGCAGAGUACAAAGAGGAACUUUCUCGGACAAAAGAAGAAAACAAAAGACUACGUCAACUACUGGACGCUGUUUUCAAGAAACCUCAAGUUGUGUUACACAGAACAGAUGUCCAGCAGCCCACCCACAUGAAAGAGGAAGAGGAUGAUCCACAGCACACCCACAUGAAAGAGGAAGAGGGGGAUCCACAGCCCACCCACAUGAAAGAGGAAGAGGAUGAUCCACAGCCCACCCACAUGAAAGAGGAAGAGGGGGAUCCACAGCCCACCCACAUGAAAGAGGAAGAGGAUGAUCCACACAUGAAAAAGGAAGAGAAUGAUCCGCAGCCCACCCACAUUAAAGAGGAAGAGGAUGAUCCACAGCCCCCCCACAUGAAAGAGGAAGAGGAUGAUCCACACAUGAAAGAGGAAGAGGAGGAUCCACACAUGAGAGAGGAAGAGGAGGGAGAGUGUGUUGUAGAGCAGGAGGAGGAUGAUGUCAGCAAGUUUCCACUGACUGUUGUCUCUGUGAAGACUGAAGAGCAUGAAGACAAAGCACCUGAGUCCUCACAGCUUCAUCACAGUCCAAGUAAGCACAUAUCAUUUUAUUCUCAGGGCAUUCAAUCCAUCACAACUGGACUGUUCACUUUGUCUUAGAAGACUCAUCCAAGUAGGCUUCAUCACUUCAUGCUCAUACACUUCAAGUCUUAAAUCUAAUCAUUGGAAUUUAGAGGGAAACUGCACU